UCCCUCCCUCCCUACUGUUUCUCCCUUCAAAAAUCUCUUUCUGCCUCAUUUUUCUUCGUUGCCACUCAGCUCAACUCAACUCUCUGUCUUUGUCUUGUAUAUAUCCAUGGCGGAUCAAAGCUCAAACCCAUCAAUUAUGGAGCCUAAACAACCACACCCACUUCACCAAAUAGCAGAAACACCAACCCACAGGUUGCUUUUGAAACAGUGGGUGAAAGAAACAGAGCUCAUUCUCAACAGAAUUUCCCUCAAGGAGACUCAAAUCGAUGCCGUCCGUAAAGAAAUCACUCAGCUUUACAUCUUCUUCUUCCUCUUUCAUUCCAUCUCUCUCCUCCUGCUCUUCAACUCUUCUUCCAAGGACCCUCCCACCGGUGCCUGCCAUAGGUCUUGGAUCCCAUCUUUGUGUUCUUUGCUAUGUUCUAUGGCGAUUACCUGGGCGGUUAGGUAUAAAACUGAUGUGGAAGGGCACUUGGAGAAGCUGUUGGAGAGGGAAAAAGAGGAUGGGAAGUUGUUGGCCAAGUGUGUGGAGGAGCUCAAGAAGAAAGGCGUGGAGUUUGAUCUGUUGAAAGAGGUUGAUGCCCUUAGGAGAGCCAAGAGUUUGAGGGUGGAGGCUAAAGCUGUGAGGAAAUGGUCUGCUAGGGACUUUGUUACAUUGUUUUUCUUCACUGUUUCAUGUAUGGUUCUUGGGUUAACAAGGAUUAUCCUGUGCAGUUAAUUAGAGUUGUGGGGAUCAUGUAGGAAUUUGGGCAUAUUGGGGUAUUGAUUCUUUUGUGGGUUUUUUCUUUUUAAUAUAUUUGGCAGAAGAUUAAUCUUGGAUUCUGUCACAUAGAAUGGCUGGGGAAUUCCUUUUCUUGAGUUGGAAGUAUUUGCAGAAUAUUCUGUUCUGCUUUUGUAAUUUGGAGCACUUUAUUAUAUCCACAGACUAUGAAAUAAGAAUGAUGGUUUUUCAGAAUUAUUUGUU